UCAUUAGGGCCAGAGGGAAGGAGGCAGGCGCGGGAGCAGCCUUUCUUCUCCAGCUCACAGCUCACAUCCCGGCGCCUCACGCUUGGGUGGACGGCAGCCAAGAGCGGCUGCGCUCCCCGCACCCCAUCCCGCAGAGGCCAUGGGUGAGCGACUGGCCCUUGGGGUGCCCCCCAGCCAACGGGGUUGCUUCUGAAGGAUCCUAAAGGCUUUUAAUCAGGACGAGGAAAGGCAGCGGGGUUCCCCGGCCAUGCUCAGCAGCACAGCGGGAGGGGAUGUGAAGGGACGGCUGUGGGGAUCGGGGUGGUGAGGACCCCCCCAGUGCAUCCCUGCUCUCAUCCAGGCUGUUCGGGGCGAUGAGAGCAGGGGACCUGGUGGGAGGAGAGGAGGAGGAAAUGCCAUCCUUCUGCUACCGACCAAACGGCAGGGCACGGGGUGGCUGCAGCCAGUGCCAGAAGAACCUGUCCCUGCAGACAGCUGUCAAAGUCCUCUACGUCUUCUCCGUGCUGCUCAUUGUGGCUGUGACCGUGCUGGCUGCCCUGGUGUUCAAGAAAGUCAACUCCAUCUCUGGAGAUAUCAGCUCGGCCCAGAUGUACUAUGAAGAGAAGAUCUUGUCCAUCCAGGGGGAUCUCCGAGAGUUGGAUGAGAAGAGCUCAGGCAACUGCUCCCUCUGCCUGGAGACAGGGCAGCUGGGCCAAGAGCUUGGCAAGCUGCAAGGCGAGCUGGAGGAGAUCCAGAAGAUGCUCUUGGUUCAGGAGGUCCUCCUCGACCGCACCUCCCGCACCCACAACACGCUCUCAUCCAGCAGCACUGAGAUCAGCAGCGAGGUGGCCGACUGCUCCUCCUCCACCCGACAGCUGAAUGAGAGCAUGGGGCAACUGGUGGCCCAGUUAGGGGGCUGGAGGGCCAUCACCUCCCAGCUUGAUGGUUCGCUCAAGGGCCUGGAACAGGAGCGCUUCGAUGUGAGGGCGGCCAUGCAGCAGCUCAACUUCACCUUGGGGCAAACCUCCGAUUGGAUCCAGCUCAUCCAGAGGAAGACGGACGAGGAGACGUUAACGCUGCAGAAGAUGGUCACCGAGUGGAAGAACUACACGCGGCUCUUUGCGGGGCUGCAGGCUGCCUCUGCCGAUACGGGUGAGCUGGUCAGGAGCAUCCAGGCUGGCGUGGGCACAGCAGCCAGGCAAGUGGGCCAGAAUGCUGAGGGCAUGCACGACCUGGUGCUGCAGGUGAUGGGGCUGCAGCUGCAGCUGGACAACAUCUCCUCCUUCUUGGAUGACCAUGAGGAGAACAUGAACGACCUGCGCUAUCACGCCAAGUAUGCCCAGAACCGCACGGCUGAGCGCUUUGAGACGCUGGAAGGUCGCAUGGCUUCGCAUGAGAUUGAGAUUGGCACCAUCUUCACCAACAUCAACGCCACCGACAGCCACGUGCACAGCAUGCUGCGCUACCUGGACGACGUGCGGCUCUCCUGCACCUUGGGUUUCCAUGCCCAUGCUGAGGAGCUCUACUACCUGAACAAGUCCCUCAGCCUGGUCCAAGGCACUACGGACCUCCUGCGGGAGCGCUUCGGCCUGCUCAGUGCACGGCUUGACUUUGACAUCCGCAACCUGUCCAUGGUGAUGGAAGAGAUGAAGGUGGUGGAUGUCCGGCAUGGGGAGAUGCUGAAGAACAUCACCAUCUUAAGAGGUGUGCCAGGCCUCCCGGGUCCCCGCGGCCUCAAGGGUGAUGUUGGCAUCAAGGGUCCCGCAGGAAGCAAAGGAGAGAAGGGUGACAUGGGCAGCCUGGGCUCACCAGGUCCACCUGGCUCCCCCGGACCCCCUGGUCUCCCUGGUCCCCAAGGGGAAAGGGGACCCCUGGGCACAAAGGGUUUUCCUGGCCUCAAGGGCUCUAAAGGCAGCUUUGGGCAGUCUGGCUCCAAGGGACAGAUGGGACCCAAGGGAGAUAUGGGUCCCCCAGGGCCAGAGGGGAGGCCAGGACCAACAGGACCCCCUGGUCCUCAAGGAAAACUGGGGCUUCCUGGGAACCCCGGGGCUGUGGGACAGAUUGGCCCCACAGGUCCCAAAGGAGACCCCGGCUUAAGGGGACCCCCAGGCCCCCCAGGCCCCCCUGGUCCUCCUGGCCCAUGAUGCAGCCUUGGGGCCAUGGGAUGGAGGAACCCCUCCCAGCUCUGAGAAUAUCCCCUGCUGCUGCUGCCAGACCCUGGGGACAGGGCAGGAAGGACCCUAAGGGGGUCCAGAUCCCCCAGCAUGAUGCUUUUUGGGGUGCACGGGGCUGGUCCCUGGUUCUUGAGUGGGCUGCAGACUCCUGGGACGUUGGGUCCCCGCAGGACGAGGACCCGUACGGGCUGGGGCACAGCUGGCUUGUGCUCUAUUUCCAGCCACCUUGACCCCUCCUCCCCUGGCUGCACCAGAAAUGUAAUCCCAGCACAAUAAAUCUGUAUGGGGACAAGUGGUUCCUGCCUUGGAAAAAUUGGGAUGAAGGGGGGUGUAGGGGGGGCAGGGGAGGAGCCCAGAUCUAACCUGUGAGCAUUGACAUGGUACAGAUGGUGAGGUGAGAUGGGCCCCUGGAAGCUGUCCCCAUGUCCCAGGCUGGUGAGCAGGGCGUGGGUUGUUUUUCCCUGGUGGAGGGCAGGGAGGGGGCAGCUGGAGGCCCCAGGUACCCGAGCUGGUGCCUUGAUGCCAAGAGCAACACAGAGCUGAGGAAAACAUCCAGCCUCACUCCCAGCCCCACCUUGGGCUCUCCCCAGCCUCACUGUGGGGCUGCAGUACCCCCUCCAGCCUGCACACACCUGCACACACAAGCUCUGCUUCACUGCCUGCUCCUGGGUGAAACAGGUCUUUGCCAACAGCAGCUCUGACUUUGUUUUCCAGGGGCUUGUUCAGGCCACAGCUCUCCCUGUCCUUGUUCCCACUCCAGUUCCUAUUCUAUCCUCAUCCCUGUUCCAUUUCAUCCCAUCUCUGUCCCUGUUCCCAUCCCAACCUUCAUCCCAUUCCCAUCCUCAUCCCUCACCCCUCCCCCCUCCUCAUCCCAUCUCAUCCUAGUUCUACCUUCACUGCAUUCCCAGCUCCAUCAUCAUUCCCACCUCAUCCCAUUUCCUAUCCUGUUUCAUCCUCAGUCCUGAUCUCAUCCCCAUCUCCAUCCUGUGACCAUUACCAUUACUGUUCCCAUUCCAUCUCCACCCCUGCCAUCCUCUAUAGCCCACAUCUCAGGGAGCCCCAUACCAUCCCCACCAGCCCUGCCUGGGGCGCAGGUCCCAGCCCAUGGGGCCGUUUAUUGCUGUUGGCAGGGCGGCUUCCUGUUUUCAUCUCAGAAUUAACAGCUGCAGAGCUACAGAGCUAUGACGCUGCUGCUUAAUGCAGGCAACCCAGAAUCUCUUCUUCCCACCUGAGCAUCCCAGGCAUGGAUAACAAAGAGCCACAGCCCCUACCACCUCCGUGCCUCAGUUUCCCCAUCUGGAUAUCAUCCUGACACAGAUGACGGUGACACACAGCCCAUGGCUGGUGAUGCCCACGGGGACGCUGCCCAACCCUAAGCUCCCAAGGACACCGGAGCCGUCAGCAGGCACUGGUGCCAAGCACAACAGUCAGCAGCUGCAGCACCGCUGGUGAGCCCUGGCCAACACCCCCAUCCUGUGAAUGACCCCAUUGAUGGCAGCAGCAGGGCAGCUGCUCAGGGAAGGGUGGGGGACAAACACCCACGUUCCCCCCACCCUCUGGGCUCCUUGCAUUCUGCCCAGCUCGGUUAUUCACUGGAACUUGUAGCAAGGGUGUGGGUUUUUUUUUGUUGGUUUUUUUUUCUCCUUGUAUUAAAUCCAUUUGGAUUAAGUGUAAUUCUCUGGUUAACAUUUCAGUUACAGUAACAAUAAACUCCUCUCUGUGUGGGUC